AUGGUUUUGCCUUAUGGUUUUGCUGUGGAGAUACCAUUUAAGAUCAAACUCAAACUUGGCGACAGAGGUUAUGAACUUCUAGAGAUACUAGACUAUUUGCCAAUAAAUGAAACAGUUAAGGACUCUGUGUGGCUUGACUUAAGCAGCUGGAAGAUGAAGCAAGCAACAUUUUUCCUUUUGUCACUCUUCCUACUUCUUUCCUCCACCACCUUGGCAAUUUCUCCUGCCCCUGCAGCAGCCCCAAAAGCCCCAGCAAAACUUCCCCCCACCCCAAAGGCCACAGCACCAUCACCAAAACCAUUAGUCCCCACAUUACCUCAAUCUCCGGACUCCCCUGACUCUGUCCCAGAUGACAUCACCAGAAUCCUCAAAAAGGCCAAAACGUUCUCAACCAUAAUCCGCCUCCUCAAAACUACUGAAAUCAUGAACAACAUCAACUCACAGCUCAUAACAGCAAAGAGUGGAGGCAUAACCAUUCUUGCACCAGAUGAUUCUGCUUUUUCCAACCUCAAAGCAGGCUUCCUGAACUCCCUAAACGAAGGCCAGAAAAUAGAACUUGUGCAGUUUCACAUAUUGCCAGAGUUUGUGUCCAGCUCAAACUUUGACUCUCUAAGCAACCCUGUGCAGACAGUGGCUGGUAAAGACCCUGCAAGGCUUCCACUGAAUGUGAAUGCAUUAGGUAACACAGUCAACAUUUCAACUGGGGUGGUCAAUGCCACCAUUCUUGGGGUAGUAUACUCGGAUAACAAACUUGGGAUUUAUCACGUGGACAAGGUGCUUCUUCCUCUAGAUUUCUUUGUAACCAAUAAGGCUCCAGCUUUGGCUCCUUCAUCUCUUGCAAAGGCUCCCAAAGCUGCUAAGGACAACUCUUCUGAGGACGAUCAAGACGAAACAAAUCAGGCUCAGAAUAAAUCAGGGGCAGUGAAUUUGGUUCGCAUUGGUGGAACAAAAUCAAUGUUAAUGGGGGUAGCUUUGAUCGCAGUGGCAACCAUGUGGAGUUGA